UGGCACCUCCGCAUCAUCAUCAUCACCACAUCUCCUGGCAUCAAAAAAUGAUGAUGAAAGCACAUAGGUGGCGGUGGCACCCCCAUUUGUGCACCAAUUUUGGACUCUUUGAUCUAUUUGGUAAAGUUCACUCGAAAUCAGGAACUCAUUCGGUACCAAAGGCUUCAAAUUUUGACCAGUGUGUUCAACGACGUUCAUCAGAAAGGUAUCCUCCCCGCCACGCAGCUCACCAAUAUUUGGACUUCGGCCAUGUCACUGUUGGUUAUCACGACGCGUUACCGCUCCCACUCGUACUUUUCAUGCUACUUUGUGCCGUAGAAUCGACCGUAAUUGUACAAUUCUGGGUUUUUGGACUUAUCGGAAGUGUUCAUCAGACGUCGUCGGAUUUGUUGAGAGGCUGGAACGCUGAUAGAAAAAUCAGAGGAAAUUCUGUGAUGAAGAGACGCGUAAAAUCUCUGUAUCCCUUGAAGAUUAUGUUUGGUUCUUGCAAUUUUAUGGAGAAAAGCACCUCUCUGACUACGAUUGAUUUUAGCAUGGAUAAAACCGUUAGUUUGCUGAUAGGAUCGAGACAAAUUUCGGUGUAAUAAAUAGAUACGUAAGUCAAUUUAUCAUAUAUUUUAAUUGACACUAUUAUUAUUAAUACAUCGUUUUGUACAUACAUAUGUUUCCUUAAAUUUUGAAGUUGAGGAGAAGGCGAGAGUUUCGCUAAUUGGGAAACACAA